AUGCCAACCUUCAGCGAUAUCAUGGCGGCGCGCAAGGCGCUGGAGGGCUAUGUGUAUGAGACACCGAUCAUCGAGAGCAACGUCCUGCAUGGCAAGACGCGGCACGAGAGUGUCAUGCUCAAGUGCGAGAACCUGCAGCGCACCGGUAGCUACCACGUCCGCGGCAUGACGUACCGCGUGAUCCGUGCCAAGGAGGAGGAUCUCGGGAUCAAUAAUUUUGUCACCCACAGCAGCGGCAACGGCGGUGCAGCGCUGGCAUGCGCGGCGAAUAACUUCCAGAGUACAGCGCACGUCGUCGUGCCAGAGGACACGAACAGCCUUAUCACGCGUAGCAUUCGCCUCUACAAUGGGAACUUUUACUACUGCAAGCCGGAUCUCAAGAGCCGCGUGGAGAUGGAGGAGCGACUCCGGGCGGAGUUCGACAAGCCAACCGGCAAGACGCGCAACCAAAGCAUCAUUGUGAAUCCGUACAGCGACGAGGCUAUCAUCGCCGGCCACGGCACGACUGGCAUCGAGCUUAUGCUCCAGACAGACUGCUCGGUGGACUGCGUCGUUGUCCCGGUCGGUGGUGGUGCCCUGCUAGCGGGUACAGCGAUCGCCGUAAAGGGCAUGAAGCCGCACGUUGGUGUCUUCGCUGCAGAGCUGGCCGUGCCGCCGGAUCACUACACUGUUUUCAAGCGCGGCGAGGUCAUCCAGGCGCGCAAGAGCAAAGGCGACCAGCAGCGCCCCAAGGGCAACAAGCACGGCAUCCGUACGGAGCUGACAGACCUCGCGAACAGCUACAUUGACCGCUACGUGGACGGCGUCGUGCACGUGUCGAAGGAGGAGAUGUGCUACGCUUUCCGCUACGUGUACGAGCGCUGCAAACUCGUCGUGGACACGAACGCGGCCAUUGCCGUGGCGGCCGUGCUGGCCUGCCCCCAGAAGCUGAGCCACUACCGUCGAAUUUGCAUUGUACUCUCCGGCGGUAAUGUGGACCUCAACGAUGUACCGAAGAUUGCGACAGCGCGGCUCUAA